AUGAUGUCUGAGGUCAAGUAUCUUGAACUCUUUGUCAAAACAGUCUUUGAUUCACUUGUCAAGGGUCUCGUACUUGCAUUCUUUUCCCAAAUCGCGCUGAGUUUUGCUACGAAAAUCCUUUAUUCCGUCAAAGAAAACGACACAGUCACUCUUAAUCCGUGCCCAAUUCCUGAGGUCGCUGGGUCAAUUAAGGCACGGUGGGAAUGGUACUGUAACUACGAUCUCAUCACCUCGGACUCCUCGCCGUUUCUAAAGUUGCACGAGCACAACGGUUCUCUCACGAUUGUUGCUCGCAAGAGUGAUGUGAAUCACGCCUACAGGUGUCAAGGUUUUACUAUCCUUCCGAAUGGAACAGAAAUUGAAGGGCCACUCCUGUCCUAUGUAAUAGCUCCUAUCUUUCCCGCAUUCCUUGAACAUAAUCUAAGGAAUGUGACCGUCGCACGGAAUGAGCAGUAUGUAAUACCCUGUGUGGCAGGUGGUAUUGAAUCGACGCUAGAAAUCAAAGUCGAUGGUAGGAAAUGGCCGCGGAAAAGUGUGAGAGUAUUCGACGAUACGUUAAUUGAAUGUCGUGCAUUCAAUUCCGCUGGGGAGGAGAGAGCCUCCGCCUUUUUGAGUGUAGAGCCUGGUGAGUGGGACCUUCCGUUACCUUCCGAAAUUUGGAAGAUGCUCCGAGCUCCUUUUUCAUCUGCCUCUCUCCCCCCUCCCACCGCUGCUGACGGCGAUAAUGAUGCUGUUGGCAUCCAUGCGAAGACACACUUGAAUCACCUUAGCGAUCGAUCAGCCUGCCAGCCAUUUGUGUUGUCAACACCCUCUGUGUGCUCCAGCAUUUUGCAAGCAGAAAGCCCUGCAGGUAGUGUCUACACAGUCUCGACUUCGCGCCUCUUGCGUGCUGAGAGUACGAAUCAAAUUCUGGCCUCUGCGUUUCGCAAAUGGGAUUCCCUCGUGCCACCCAACACACCGCCUUCCAGUCCACACCUCCGCUGUUUGCAACAAGCCAAGCGGCUUGUCUGUCUCCUCGUCUUUCCUCGUUGCCUUGAGGUUGAGGCCUACAUUGAAGAUCUCAACAGCUUUGACGUGAACCCUGACACGCACUUUCUCUCUCCGCGUGAAUUUCUUGUCUGUCAGCAGCAUUGUUUUCUAAUAACCGCCCUCAUCUGUGCUGCUUCGUUCAAUACCAGUCACGAUCGCGCUGUGUUGUGGAACUAUAAGCCCAACGUCACUCAAGGCGAGGGAUGGCAAGAGUUGCUGGCGAGAGGUGAAAAUAUUUCUCAGAUUCUUCCAAACGAUGGCUGCGCCGGUCUCUCGCGGAUGGUGCCUACCGAUAUGUCCACUUUCUACCAAGAACAAUUCCAUGAAACAACCACCUCCGCCUGCCAAUCGUUGAGUUUCGCUGCUCUCUCGGCACGGCGUGCUGCCACUUUGAGUGUUUCACAAAACUGUUAUAAUGGAUAUGGUGAAGACUAUGGAGGAAUUGUUCCAGGUCCUACCUCUUGUCUGCCGUGGGUAGAGUUGGACUAUGUGAAAUCGGAUAGCCCUGAUCCGUUGACCUCCCUCAGCCCCUCUAUCAUUCCGCUUGAGGCUCUCGAACCCCUUCCUACCAACUACUCGGUUUGUCGCAAUCCUCUGGGUCUUGCCCCGAAGCCUUUUUGCGUGGGUACCAAUCGCAGCAUUCCCGGGAUUCUCACGCUCCUUAACUGUUCCUUGUUGGUUGAUUGCGCUUUUGCCGACACAACUUCAUCAAUGAACCAUAUGGACCUCAACCGCCAUCAGCAGCGUAUCAAUAUGAUCUCAAUCACAGCCACGAUUUGCACUGUCUUCCUCUUCCUCAUUUUCUUCGUGCUUGCUUACAUUCUGCGCGCCUAUCGGCAGGAGAAGGUACGUAUAUCAGUAGAGGAGGAGCGUGCAAACCGAUAUGCGCAACUCGUGACGCGGCGGGAACGUUUGCGCGAAACCGGCCGUUUCAGCCGCUGUCUUUUGCGCUGUUUAUACGCGCUCCAAGAUGCCUGUGACAGGAGUAAUGCUGGUGACGAGUGGCUGUGUUGUCGUCGUCGCUGCUGCUGCGCAGAGACACUUAAAAAAGCAGAUCCGACAAAGAUUGGUAAUGAGGAUACGUUGGAGAAGAUACCAGACGAUGAGGAUGAGGAAGUACAGCAUUUAAUUAAGUUCUUGCGCCAGAACCAUAACCCCGAGCGGCUGCUGGCGAUGGAGGAGCAUGCGCGCACCGAUAAUCGUCCGCACCUCACACAUCUUGAUGCGCUCUCUGAGGCGAUGCAUUCAGUAGAACAUGUUGACGUUGAGUCCCAUCCACCCGCCUCCAGCCUUAACUCCUACCUUCAGCCGAGUGAAUCCUCCUCCACCGAGACUUCCGCCAUCCUUUGUAAGCACGGGUUACAUCAUACCCACUGUCUCGUCGGCGCUAGCAAUACUCGCUUUCACCUGGAUAACGCCUUCAUGCUAUUUUCCGCUGGUCAGUUCAUGCAUCCCAAACUUAAGCAACUCUCGUACGCCCGUAAAUUGCUGAUAGAGGAGCGCACUCUUGCAAAGUCCGCCUUCGGUUAUGUGAUUCUCGCCAGGGCACCAAGUUUCCCUCUGAAAAGAAGAUUUAGUCUCGCUGGUAACGAUCUGUCAGGGGAAUUUGACAUGCCGGAAUCGUCGCACGUAGUUAUCAAAACUCUCGAGUUUGGGGCAACACCGGCUGCUGAAGCAUCAUUUUUCAGAGAAGCUGAGCUUCUGCUUGACCUGAACCACCCGAAUAUCGUGCAAAUCAUUGGAAUUUGCAUACCACUGCAGCCCUACUCUCUGAUCUACGAGUAUAUGCGGGAUGGCGACCUGAACACCUUUCUGCACCACGCAAGAGACCCCGUGGCUAGUCCGUAUGUUCCCGCCACCAACAACGAUGACGCUGGAAGCGACUUUAACGAAAGUUCUACCGUCUUCUUGAGUGGUGAUGGAACGCUCCCCACCCGCACAUUAAUCCGCUUCGCUCUGGAUGUCUGCGAGGCCAUGAUCUACUUAAGCGGCAAGCUCUACGUACACAGGUACUGCCUUCUCUCAUCUUCGGCUUUUAUCAAUUUCAACUUACCGGAUCUAGCCACCCGAAAUUGCCUAGUGAAUGGAAGCCAAGUGAAGUUGGCGGACUUUUCAAUGUGUCGUCGUUUACCACACAACUGCACUGACGAUUUGGUGGACUUGGAUAGCGAGGCCCCCCUUGCUGUUCGAUGGCUUCCCCUAGAAUCUAUCCUCCAGGGCCACUUCAAUGUUGACACCGAUGUUUGGUCUUUCGGUGUCCUCCUCUGGGAGCUGUUUACAUUCGGUCAAAUACCCUACGGCAAUGUGGACCUUUCGGAGGUCAUUUAA